ACAAAUGUCUCCAAAUAGUCCAUCCUCAUCAAUAUGUUGUUGUUCUCGAUAUUUCCGAAGAUCUUCUUCUUCCCAACAACAACAACAACAAAAUCUUGAAAAUAUUCAAAGUACUCAGUUAGAACCAAUUGAAAUCAAAGUAAAUGGUCAGUCACAUCUGAUGAUUCCUCACGUGGCAAUUCGACCAUCAAAUACCCAACCAGCUCAAACUGCGAUCGCAGAAAUUCCAGUACCUCUGGCGACAGAUACCUUGUCUGAAAUUAAUGUGGAUAUUUUUGAGACCGCUAGAACUUCCAGGACGUUUUCUGAUGGGAAGCUUCAUCCAAUGAAAGAUCUAAUUCGAAUGAUUCGAAUUGAAGAGGGUCUCGACGUGACACCACGACCUGAUCCAUUACCACUUCAAGUAUCCGCUGUUCAACCAAGUUCGUCGACUGCUGUUCAAAUGCCAACAAUUCCCGAAAUACCAGAAAUUCCUGAGAUCAGGAGGAAACAUUCGAAACCACGAAAAGCAGUUUUCAAUGAGGAUGGGGAUAUAACUACAAGAAGUAUAGCAAGUCAUCCCAGAGAGAACCAUUUGCCCGUUUAUACAAUAACCAAUUCUCGCAAGCUAUCAGCGGAAAGUAUUGGUGUUCCAGUCGCAACAAUCCCGCAAUCACAUUCUCGAGCUAUGGUCCGUUCAUCUCCAAUCACUCGCCAAAUAAAUUCAGCACCUCAAAUAAUCACUGCUUUUGUUGCGUUUACCUAUGCAUGCAUUACAACCAUUUUCACAUCUUUUACUAAUUUUUUUUCAAAAAAGUGAGCCAGUUAAAGAGUUUGUAGUUAUGUUAUUUCAAGUGAUAUAAAAAAGUUAUCAACUACAAAAGUGUAGAAAAUAAUUCAACGUGCACUUUUGUAGUUGAUAAAUUUUUGAAAGCACAAAGGAAAAGUAGCAAAACUUUAACAAAUUUUUAAUAGCCUAAAAAUGUCCCAAAAGACCAAAUUUCAUGUUGAGAAUUCUCAAAAAAACAUUAAAAAAUGUUUGAAUUUUUUUUUGAGAAGUCUCAUUAUCAAUUGUGGGAUUUUUGAACCAUUUUCAGUCUAUGGAACAAUAUUGCUACUUAUCUUAAAAAUGAACCUAACUAACUUUUUGAAUGUGCCAGUUUGAAUAGUUAGUUUGUAUAAUAUAAUUAUCAAAAAAAAAAACAUAUUAAAAUUCCAAUUAUCAUUUGCCAAAGCCAAGUUUGCCAUUUUCUUUCUUCCCCAGUAGGAUAUUUGUUAUUCUUUGGGUACACCCACUUAUCCUGUGAUUUCGAUGUUUCUUCAUAAUUGUCAUAUCUUUCCUUUCCCUCUUCAAAAUAACUGUUACUUCUGGUUUUUUGUCGGCUUGUAACUAUAGCUAACUGUGGUACUUUCCUUUAAUUAUCUACUACCACUUUUCCCUUAUUACUUUCUCCAUCUUCCUCCCACUUUCCGUAGAUUCCUCUAGGUUGUCCAUAUAAACGAAAACA